AUGGCUCUCAAGCAUAAGCAACAAGCCAGCAGCUCUCAUAAAACUUCAUCUGGUUCCAAUUCACAUCCUUCUACCUUGGAGUCUAAGCAGAUGGAAACCUCUAGAAAAUCAAGCUUGACACUAGCAGUUAACUCUAUUCUGCAGGAAUUGCUCAGAGGUUCAGCUGGAUCUUCAACUGCCUAUAGAAAGGCCAAUAGCAAGGCCAACCAAGGUUUAAAGUCUGCUUCUCAAUCACACAGCAGGUCUAAGGCCCAGAUGGUCCCCAAAUUUAUAGCUGGUGAAAUCAUUUUCAUUCCUUGUGGGACAAAACAGCCUAAGAAGACCUUGCAUUCAUACAUCCCCCUUCUGACACCUGUUCUUCACAAUCCUCAAAUGCCAACUCUGGUAGAAGUCCAGACUCUUGAAGUCAUGAGACUAGCAAUCACAGAUCAUGAUGAUGAUUACAAGGAGCACCAAGAUGAGAUCUUUCAAUAUCUGCCCCAAUACUAUCUAUCAACAUCUCAUGAUCUCACCAAGUCUGAGAGCAUAUCUGAUGACUCAGAUGACGACUCCUCAUCCAAGUCAAGCUUAUCCAAGCCCCCCCAAAAAAGCAAAUAUUGUCAAGUAUUGCCAGGAACUGAUGAUGAGAUCCUGCCAGCAUCAGACUCCAAAAACUUAUCUGAAUCAGCCACUAUAGUUGACUUAACUGCAAGUGACAAUGAAUACCCUGAUAACUUCUUCAGUUCCUUCAAGCUAGACAAUCAUGAGGUUGUAGCUGAGCCAGAGGUAGCAGUGGAGGCUGACCUUGCCCCUUUCGAGCCUUUUGAGUCACCUGGGCCUGUCUCAACACUCCCAUCACAGACUGGUGAAAUUUUUGCAACACCAACCUUACAGGCCUCUGGGUCUUUUGUUAUUGAUCCCAGUCUUGAUAACCCAUGGGAAGGAAAUCAUCUCUUUGAUUUCUAG